AUGUUUGUGCAACGGUUGAUGAAUGUGAAUGACCAUUUUAGUCGAAGGAAAAGUAAUUUCAUGCAGCUCCUGUUAGCCUUCUAUACAUUCUUUCUUCUUAUACAGUAUAGCGUAUCUGAGGAAGCUUCUUUCGUUGGCAAAGAGACAUGGUUCGCAAAAGUACUGGAUGGUUGUCGGACUGCCAGAUUUGGAAAUACAACUAGCUCAGAUUUAAAAUGCUAUUGGGUGAAUGAUAAACUGAACAUAUUCAAAAUUGAAGUUCUUUCAAAGUCUCCUAUUCUAGUAAGAUAUCAUCAGCUUAUUCAUCGACGUGAUUGCCGCCGUUUGAUUGGAGAUGUCAACAGUAUGAAGUUAGAAUUGGCUGGAGUAGCCACGACAGAUCCUGCUGUUCCUCUAGUUCAUAAAACUCAUCGAAUGGCUAAUAGUACAUGGGUGGAUCAUGAAGAGUUUCCAUCUUUCAAAAAGUUGUUUAAUCGCCUUCAACGGACCAUUCUCUCGUUGGACUUAUCCAAAGCAGAGAAUUUUCAAGUCCUCUCUUAUGAUAGAAAUGGGCAUUAUGCUCCGCAUUAUGAUUAUAUUGAUACAGAUGUUAUGGGAACAAUAGCAAAGGAAGGGAAUCGCUUGGCUACUAUUCUGACGGUAUUGCAAACUGCUAAACACGGUGGAGUUACAACCUUCCCUAUGAUCAAUGUCAAUAUAAGGCCAACCGUGGGUGAUGUCAUUCUCUGGCACAACAUGGAGCCGAGUUUAAGGAAAGAUAUCAAAUCUCUUCACGCUGCAUGUCCAAUCAUUGAAGGAACAAAAAUUGCUGCUUCUCUCUGGGUUCGAUCAAAAGGACAAGAACUCAGGUCGACAACAACAAAGAAAUCAGUCUUUUCCUUAAGCCCCUUCAUAAAUCCAUCACUUCGUCCCGAAGACGUAGCAUUAUUGACGAGAAAAUGGGAGAGAGCAAGGAGUUAA